GGCACUUCAGGGCUGCACACUGACCACAAGGCUUGCUGCCUGCUGAUCAGGAUUCCAGAAACAAGGCAUUUUUUUUAAACAGACUGGCUGUGAGAACAAAAGGUCAAGAAGAAGCUCUCCUUUGGAGUUCUCAGAAAACAUGGAGAGAUUCCAUUUCUUUGCGCUUCUGUGGAGCGGAGUCUUAAUCUCUGGAGUCAUCGGCCUUCAAUCCACAAAUUUUUCAAUAGACUGUGAAACUAUGUCAACAAACCUAACUAAACCAGAGGAAUCUGCAUCACCCUACUACCUUUUGGUAUCAGCCAAGGAAUAUAACCCAGGAAGUGAAGUUGAAGUGGAUCUGGAAGGAAUGCCAGGUGCUGGAUUCAAAUGGUUCAUGCUACAAGCUCGAGACAUUGAAAAAAAUGUUCCCAUUGGUUCAUUUGUAACUGUAGACCCCAAUACACAGAACUAUGACUGUUACAAUUUGCUGAAUUCAACUUUAAUCCACAAGAGCUCUGAUGAGAAAUAUAAUGUUACAUCUGUCUGGAUUUCACCAGAGGCUAAGAAGGUUCAGUUUGUAGCAACUGUUUUUCAAGAUCCGGAAAGAUACUGGGUUGUUAUAUCCAACAAAAUCCUCUUCCCUAGAGAUUCCAAUGUGGCAGGAAAUGAUAGCAAAGUGGCUAAUGUGGCCAAAGAAACCAGUGCAUCAUCAAGAAGUAGGAAAAAGUCUUCUAACAUUAUUGUAAGAGUAAACUGUGGCCAGGGUAGUUCUUAUGGAAGUGGCAGUGAAUGUGUCCAGGGUUCCACAUCUUCCUCACAGAGUAGUAGCAGUCAAUCACAGGGAGGCUUAAUCUACCAAGGUGGAAGCAUCAGAAAGGUUGGAUGCCUUGGUGGUGGAACUGCAAGUGUCUACAACAAAUACGGUUGUGGUGAUGGAGGCAUAGACACUAGUAGCGGCAACAGUUAUGGGCAGUCUGUUUCAACUAUUUCAGAUAAAGGGAAGGUCAUAAUAUAUCCUCCUACGAAGUCUUUCCCACCUGAACGUGAAACAUAUUCAUCGCAACUUGCCAACUCCCACUACAAGCAUAUUCAGAGCACUAAAUACGGUGAAAAGAUCCAGAGCCAGGGUUCAAAUCCUCAAAGUGACAUCCGUAUUACAAUUCAGAGUGGACAACCUAUGAAAGUUUGUGAUAAGACCUCUCCUUCCUACAACAGCCAAGCCUGUAAAUUGACUAUACAGUCUUCUUCAUCUCAGAGUGGUACUUCUUCUGUCUCUCAGGGUGAAACGAUUAUAGUUGGUGGUGGUAGACCUUCUACUUCAGUAAGUGGCAGUGGAACUUCAGUUAUAGUUAGUGAAGGUAGACCUUCUUCAGUUGGCAGUAGUGGAACCUCGAUUAUAGUUGAUGGCGGGAGACCCUCUGGUGGAUCAUCAUCUACAUUUGGCAGCAGUGGAUCUAUUGUAUCAACUGGCAGUAAUCCCUGUGGUCAGGGAAAUACCCCUGGCAGGAAUCCUUGUAAACCGGCUGGUUCAUCAUCUCAGCAAGGUUUUGGAAGUAGCCAGAGUGGUUCAUCCCAGCAAGGUUAUGGUUCCCAGGGUGGUUCGUAUUCUCAAGGGAACAGAAAUCCUUGUGACGGGAGCACUAUUGGCAAAAUAAUCAGCAGUAGCAACUGUCCAAAGGGGGUAUCAAGUGGAUCCUAUGGCAGCAGCAGCAGCAGCAGCAACCAAUAUGGACAGAGUGGAUCAUACGGCAGCAACAGCCAGUAUGGACAGAGUGGAUCCUAUGGGAGCAGCAGCCAUUAUGGACAGACUGGACAAAGCGGAUCCUAUGGGAGCAGCAGCCAAUAUGGACAGACUGGACAGAGCGGAUCCUAUGGGAGCAGCAGCCAAUAUGGACAGAGUGGAUCCUAUGGGAGCAGCAGCCAAUAUGGACAGGCUGGGCAGAGCGGAUCCUAUGGGAGCAGCAGCCAAUAUGGACAGGGUUCACAAACUAGUGGAGGCUCCAAUAUUAAGGGUUGUGGUGAAAAGAACCCAAGAAACUGUAGACGCAAAAGGGCUGCAUCAGCUCCAAAUAUACUUAAGACAUUGAUCAAUAAGAUUCGGGGAAAGAGGAAUGAACCCUUUAAUUCAGAACAAAGGUAUACCUAUGACCAGGAUAAAAACUUUUCGGAUGAUAGAAACAAUCAUCCACAGAUUCAUUGUGUGUGUCCUAAUACACAGAAUGAACAAGUUGGAACAGAUGGAGGCAGCAACCAAUCUGAACAGGGUGGAUAUGGUGAAUCAUAUGACGGCAACCAAUAUGGACAGAAUGGACAAUAUGUGGGCAGCCAUCAGUUUGGACAGGGAGGAUCAUAUAGUGGCAGUAGCAGCCAGGGAGGAUCACAUAGCAGCAGUAGCAGCAGCAGUAGUAGCAGCAGCAGCAGCAGCAGCAGCUCGUAUGGGAGCCAGGGAGGAUCACAUAGCAACAGCAGCAGCAACAGCAGCAGCAGCAAUCAUUAUGGCAGCCAGGGAGGAUCAUAUAGCAGCAGUAGCAGCAGUAGCAGUAGCAGCAGCAGCCAUUAUGACAAUCAGGUAAAAAUUGCUUUAUAA